ACUGCCGCCCGGGCUCAUGCGGGGGCCGCGCCGCACUCGGGACCGGGCCGCGGGCGAGAAAGAGGCGCCGCCGCUGCUGCUGCGGCCGGUGUCGCCGGAGCCGCGGCCUGGCGGGGCGGGGAAGGCGAGGCGGGCGGGCGGACGGCCGGGCCGGGCCGGGCGGGCGCGUCUCCUCCUCCUGCUCCUGUGUCGGCCGGGCCGCGCUCAGCGCGAGCCCCGCACCUCCAUCUUGGGACAACGCGGAUGUCGGCGCGGCGCAGGCUCGGGGCGCGCGGGGGGGCGCGCGGGAAGGAGGGAGGGAGAAAAGGAGGGCGGACCGGCCGUGUCCCGGCGUGCAGCGCGGGCGGGGGCGAGGCGAGGCGAGGCGGCGGCGCGCUACCCACCGCGGGCAACCAUAGAGAGCUGCCGGGCCGCGCCUUCCGGCCGUGUGCACUCGCGGCGGCGCCCGGCGGAAGAGCGGAGCGGCGGCAGCGCCGACGCCUGCGCGCCCGGGCGCGCGAGGCGGGGGCCGCCAUGUNNUCUGCGCGUGCGCUCGCGCAGGGUGCGGGGGGUGGGGCGGUGUGAGGGAACGGGGGCAUGCGUGACGGGCGCGGCUGUAACUACACGUAUAGAUACACGUACACACACAUGUGUGCGCACGCACGUAUACGUGUACACAAGCAUCUGCAAAUAUAAACAUAUAGACGCGGGUGCACACGCAGUGACCCACACACAGGUGCCGAGGGAGGCCGGCGGGCAGUCCAGAGACUGGUGGCACAGCAAGAGGCCAUCGCUGCCGUGGGCAAGGAGAGUGGCCGCAGCCAGCUCUGAGUCCCUCGGCAGGUCCCCGCCGAGCUCCACCGGAGUCCAGCCUGUCCGCCAGGCCGCGUGGCAGCCCGCCCAGGGUUUAUCGCGUUUAAUCUGGGCAGGGAGCCGUGGCCGGCUGGCAGAAGGGAGCAAUGGAAGGGGAGCGGCCGGUGGGUGA